UUUGGCAGGGAGAAAGUGGGCAGCCACGACAGCGUCAACGUGUUCCUACCCCAAGAUGCCGCCCAGCUCUUCCAGACGGAGGGGAUUUUCCCACGCCGGAUGGGCAUAGAUUCCUGGCUCGCCCACCGUGCCUUGAGGAACCACAAGUGCGGCGUCUUCCUAUUGAACGGGGAAGAGUGGCGCUCUGACCGGCUCAUCCUCAACAAGGAAGUCAUCAGCCCUGCUGGCACCCGGAAGUUCCUGCCCUUCCUCAACACGGUGGCUGAGGAUUUCGUGGCCUUCAUGUACCGGCAGAUCAGGAAGAACACCCGAGGCUCGCUGACCAUUGACCUUUACCACGAUCUCUUCCGCUUCACGCUGGAAG